AUGGCCACCAUCAUCACGUCCCCUUCGUCCGCCCCGCCACAACUGGACACGGCCUCUCCUUCCGCCCAGCUCUCCAAACGAGCGUCCCUUGCUGCGCCCCCGGCUUCAAGGCGAGUAAGCGGACAGUCCUAUGCCAAAAACCGCUUUUCUACACAUUCAAACGGCUCGAUGCCUCGAUCGCGCCCCGCGUCUCACGUCUUUCCGUUUUUUCCUUCCAGCCUACCCUACGCCCUUGUACGCGACUUCGCCUACCCGCCGACACACCAUCUACACUAUGGCGCUCCCCCCAAAGAUUCGCGUGCCGCCACCCCGAUCAGUGAGUCGCGAAGGUUAUCAGAUCCGCCGAUCUCCUCGUGGGAUGCGAUGCGCUCAACAUGGCCGGCGCCGCAUUGGAACCCGGAGGCAAUGUACAGCCAGCAGCAGCUCCCUGCAAUCGCCUUUGGCGACGGCCCGCCAUACAGCGAAGACGAAGACCUACACAGCCCGAUUGUGACUACUUCGCGACAUCGGAAACACAAGUCCGAAUCGCGAAGGACCAGGAGUCCUGGGCGCAAUUUUAACUCUGGUGCGCAGGAGACCGACAAAGGCGUUUUUAUUGGGUUAAAUGGCGACGGUAGCGAAACAUACUACGUAAAAGGUGAAGAUUCUGAUGAUGACGGCCCCGGAGGGGAAUAUAUCACGUACCCCGCAAAUGACAGUCGACAACCUUACUUAAGCCCUGGCUCGUAUGGCCCUGGUAACAACUCCCAUUUUACUACUUCACUCCAAGGCCAACCCCAUGGUGGCGACUUUGAGCUUGAGUCCGACGAUGAUAUCUCCGAUGACGAGUGGCGCGAUCCAUCUAGAUACUCCCGCGAUUAUCAGUUCACCAUUGUAUCUCCUGAUGAAGAGAUGCAUGGUAAAGCAGUGGCACUUUUUGAUUUCACGCGCGAACACGAAAACGAACUUCCCUUGAAAGAAGGGCAGGUGAUUCUGGUCUCCUAUCGCCAUGGUCAAGGCUGGCUUGUUGCCGAAGACCCAAGGACUGGGGAAAGCGGGCUGGUACCAGAAGAAUUUGUUCGUUUGGUUCGUGAUAUUGAGGGUGGGUUGACGGGCUUGAACGGAGCAUUAGAUCAUCCAUUCGACGCCAACUCCGAUGCUAUGGAGAGUGUGACUCCAACCCAAGCUGACUCGACAGACCAAAAGACGCCGAGUGCUCCAGCCACUUCUAACGGAGGUGCAGAGUCCGAAAGCAGCGAUGGUGCAACCCCCAUCUCAGCAACGUCAGACAACUCUUCCGAUACAAACAAAGAUGGCCAGAAAUGCAAAGAAAGAGAGAAGCACCCGCCGGUCGUGUCUACGUUCUCCACCAGUAGCCGCGAUUUAGCACCCUAUCCACCUCACCUCCUCAGCGGGCACCAGCAUAGUAGAUCAACCCCGCCGCAGAUUGAGCAUAUAAGCGAUGGUCUUGAGGGGCCAGGAAAACUGCCUAAGAGAUCCAGGAGCAUAUCAAAACAAGGGUGA